AUGCCGGCGCAGUCGUCCAGCCAUGCCGACGAGGACCACGCCAUUGCGGACACCGCCAUGGACACGGAUAUGACUGCGCCUACGUCGCUGCUGCGCGUCGACCCGGCGCGCGCGGUCGAGGAUGUAGACGAGGAAAUUUUUCUGCUCUGGACGCUCAACGCCAUGCCCUCGUCGGAUGCCGGGCUGGGCUACAUCGAUCCGAACCACGACUCGCUCUUCGUCCGAAUCGGCGCCCACGGCUGGCGUUCGGCGACGCGACGCUCCCAGCUCGAACGCCCGUCCUUGAACGACGACGAGGGCGACAUCGUCGAACUCAGCCAGGACGUCACCAGCCUCCGCUCCUCCAAGGGCAACACGGGCAGCGUCGUGUGGCGAUCCACGCUGCACCUCGCCCUCGCCAUCCGACAGGGAAGGCUCUUCCACCUCGACCGCCUCCGCCACGCCACCGUCCUCGAGCUCGGAUCGGGGACGGGCGCGCUGGCCGCCAUGCUGGCGUCCAGAGUCCACAAGUGGGUCGCAACGGAUCAGGACGAACUCGUACCCCUGAUCCGCCGCAACUUGGGCCGCACCACCGCCGCCGCCAAUGCAGAGGCGUGCGCGCUGGACUGGUUCGACUUCCUCCGUCCUCCCAGCACCGCCUUUCGAGAUCGCAACCUCGAGCGCAUCCUCUCUCGCUUCGACCAGCCCAACGCCGACGGCGGCGGCGGCGGUGGGGGCGAGCGAUACCCUGAUUUGAUCCUCUGCGCCGACUGCGUCUACAACCCGUCCCUCUUUGACGCCCUCACCGCCACCCUCGCCGCCCUGACGCGACCGCGCCACACGGUCGUCGUCGUCGUGGCCGAAAUGCGGACCGACGAGGGCAUCUCGGACUUUCUCCACGCCUGGCGAGCCAGCCUGCCCGAUGGCGGCUGGCGCAUCCUCUCGCUCGAGGACCGCCUUGCAAAGGGCUUUGUCGUCUUUGCCGCCUGGAGGUCCUGA